CCAGUGACAACCAAUCGCGAUUCGCGAUCACCUUUCAUCAUCGUCUACUAAUAUUCAUAUGUCAUGUUGUUGUUUGAAAUCUAUAAUUUAUACAAAUCGUUUCAUCAGUUGAAUAAAACAGCAAAAUUAAAUCUUUUUAUUGUGAUCAGUAAUUAAAUGUUUAAUACUUUAUAUGAAAGUGAUAUAUAAAUAUUGAAAUUGUACUCUGUGAAAUAAUUAUAACCUGAUGUUCUAGGAAUAUUUUUAUAUGAUUUUGCAAUCCCGAUAGCAAAUUUCAGUGACAUAUUCUAAUAUUUUUGGUGAAACUCAUUUCAAUACUGCCAAAUGUGUUAUCUAUAUAUUGCCACUGCCACAUCAUAGUGAGUGGUGACGACAAUAGUGUCUAUAAUAUUGUUUUGUUUAUAAUGGCAAUUUGAUUUGAAGUUAUUUGUGUUACCUAAUGUAUACAGUGCUAGAGUAAUAUACCUAAGUUACUAAUGCCUACUAUCUCAAGAACUAAACGAUUAUAGAAAUGGGAAAUUCAGCAUUGAAACGCCAUUUCGAGACUGCAGAAAAGACAGGUGUAUUAAAUCUAUCAAAGAGUAAACUUUCAGAAUUUCCCAAAAGGCUGUUUACUCUCAGUCCAGUAUUACGGACUUUAGACUUAUCUGAUAACUCACUUCCCCUGUUACCACCUGAGAUAGGUUCCUUUUCAUUACUCAAAUCUAUUUCUUGUAAUAAUAAUAAAUUAACUGAUUUGCCUGUUGAAAUUGGACAGUUGGUUAAACUAGAGACAUUGUCUUUAACAGGCAAUAAAUUGAUAUCUUUGCCCUCCUCAUUAUCCCAGCUCAUUUCUCUGAAAUUUGUAUAUCUUUCAAACAAUCAGUUAAAGGACUUUCCAGUGCUGUUUUGUGGCCUUAAACAUCUUGAAGUGCUUGAUGUGUCUAACAAUUUAAUUGAAAGCAUACCUAGUGAAAUAAGUAGUCUUCGAGCUACAGAAUUGAACCUUAACCAAAACAGGAUUUCUUUUAUUUCUAAUGAAAUCUCUGUUUGUCCCCGGUUAAAAACUUUAAGAUUGGAAGAAAAUUGCCUGCAAAUAGCUUCAAUUCCUAGCGAACUGCUCACCAAUUCCAAAGUCUCUCUACUAACUCUGGAAGGAAAUUUGUUUGAAAUGAAGAGCUUUGCAAACUUAGAAGGAUAUGAUAGUUACAUGGAAAGAUAUACUGCUGUAAAAAAGAAGAUGUUUUAAAAACAUGAAAAUUCUUGAUUGCUACAAAAUUAAAGUAAGUUACCAUAUUUAACUUGUAUUACUAUCACUCAGUUUGAUGAACCAUAAUAAAAAAGCUUUUUUUUAUCAUACAAAAGACUAAGUUAAUGUUUUAAAAUAAGUUAAACUUGGAGUUUCAUAACUUUUUGGUUGAUAUUCUAUAGCAUAUAUAUUAAAUGUUACAGUGAGAUAAAAUGUUACAUAUAGAAUAGCACUGCAUGUUAUUGUACAUAAAUAUGGUCGGUAACGUACACUAUAUUGAUGUAAUAAGCUACAACCUCGUCAAAUUGCAUAAAUUAUUUAUACAUAAUAUUUUUAGACUACUGUAAGUUUACUAGAUGUACCUGUAUUUCAUUUAAUUAAUGUAACACACUUUCAUUAGCCUCUUUUCCUUUUACCUUCAAAUACAGUUGGUUACAGAAGAAA